AUGGAGCCCGGCUGGGGCUGGAACAGCUCCCACCAGAGCCCACCUGGGCACGGCCAGGGGCUGCUGAGCCUGGCAGGGCACCCCAACCUGACGGUGCUGCACACCCGGGAUGAGGAGCUGGCCAAGGCUGAGGUCGGGGUGCUGGGCACCAUCCUGGCCGUGGCCACCGUGGGCAACCUGGGCGUGCUGCUGGCCAUGUACCGGCUGAGGAGGAAGAUGAGCCGCAUGCACCUCUUCAUCCUGCACCUGGGGCUGAGCGACCUGGGCGUGGCCCUGUUCCAGGUGCUGCCGCAGCUCCUCUGGAAGGUCACCUACCGCUUCCUGGGGCCCGACCCCCUCUGCAGGGCCGUCAAGUACCUGCAGGUGCUCAGCAUGUUCGCCUCCACCUACAUGCUGAUGGUGAUGACCCUGGACCGCUACCUGGCCGUGUGCCACCCCCUGCAGUCGCUGCAGCAGCCCAGCCGCCAGGCUUACACCAUGAUCGGGGCCACCUGGCUGCUCAGCUGCCUGCUCAGCCUGCCCCAGGUGUUCAUCUUCUCCCUACGGGAGGUGCGCCCGGGCUCGGGGGUGCUGGAUUGCUGGGCGGAUUUCGGGUACCCGUGGGGAGCGCGAGCCUACAUCACCUGGACCACGCUGUGCAUCUUUGUGCUGCCCGUGGGCGUCCUCAGCGUCUGCUACAGCCUCAUCUGCCACGAGAUCUGCAAGAACCUCAAGGGCAAGACUCAGAGCGGUGUCCCUGGCACGGGGGGAGCCGUGGUGGGUGCCCCUGGUGGUGCCAGCGCCGCAGGGAAGGGCGGGCAGCCCUCGCGGGUGAGCAGCGUGCGCACCAUCUCCCGCGCCAAGAUCCGCACGGUGAAGAUGACUUUUGUCAUCGUGGCCGCCUAUGUCACCUGCUGGGCGCCCUUCUUCAGCGUGCAGAUGUGGUCAGUGUGGGACCAGGAUGCUCCUGAUGAUGGUGAGUGGUGA